AUGCCAAGUGACUGUCGAGACUGUUUGGGGAUUCGUUAUCGAAUUAACAGCCUGCACCAAACGUGGAAGUGGCUGCACCAGACCAUCGCUCUGCACGAGUACCUCAUCUCCCUCUCCUCGGCUGAUACUGACGCCUGCGCCUGCGCCCGCGCCGCCAACUAG